GGUUAUUUUUCUAGCAUUCAUUUUAUUUAAUAAUAUUCACACAUGAUUUUGUUCUUCAAACAGGUUUAGAGAAGAUUGAAUAUUUUUAAAUUUGAAAAAAGGGUAACAAUGAAAUAUUUUUUUUCUAUAAUAUUUUUAAAAUAAACGGACAGCCGCAGAUAAACUUUUCGUCCAUAAAUUUCAUACCAACGAGCCAAAUUGAAAUUAAGCGUUUGAAAUUUUAUGAUAUUUCAAGGUUUAAACAAAAUCGGCUAAUCUCACACGCGGAUAUUUAAAAAAAAAUUUUUUAAUUAACUAAUACAGCAAGCGUGGAUUGUCAUCCUCUGACAAUCACUGACAAAUGAUUUACACUGGAAAAAAGUUAAACCCAAAAUCAGUCAGUCAAAUUCACGGAAUAAGUUAAAAAAUAGUAUCUAAACGUAACCGCAUAUUCUGACGUUUCUGGUGUCGGGUGUCGCGUGUUUAGUAUCAUUUUUCAUAUUGAACUGUCAUAAAUAAAACACAAUGGAGAAUUGGAUACAGAAGAAUCUUUCAGAACUAUUGGGUUUCCCGAUUCCUCUGGAUAUGGCACAAAUUAUAAUCAACCUGGAAAACGAGCAGGACCUCGAAAAAUAUCUCGAGACUUUACUCGACAAUUCGAAUCCCAAGCACCAGCGUUUCGUUGUCGAAUUGAAAAAAAGACGUGCUGCCAAUGCGCCUAUUUCUUGUCGCAAUAGUAAAUUCGACGAGAACAAUGGUAAAGCGGCACAAAAACAAAAUGACAAAAAAAAAGGAAAAUCAAAGGACAAGGAAGGCACUGCGUUGCAGGAAAUGCCGAAACAGUUUGAAAAGAAAAAAACUCACUUCGUUAAUCUGUAUACACCAGAGGGAAAAGAUGCGCAAACUGUUUUAUUGAAAGGUAGACACAAAUGUGAUUGUGAAGCCAAAACACAUACGCUUGUUAAUAAUUGCAUCAACUGCGGCCGCAUUGUGUGUGCUCAGGAACGUGCUGGCCCUUGUUUGUUUUGUGGCAGUUUGGUUUGUACUCCAAACCAACAACAGAUUCUUUCAAACAAUUCGAAACAGUCCAACACUCUUUAUAAUAAACUCAUGGACCAAAAACCUGCUAAAAUUUCAGACGAUGCUAUCAAACAUAGAGACAAGCUUCUGGAAUUCGAUAGAAACAGUGCUCGUCGAACAGAAGUAAUAGACGACGAGAGCGAUUAUUAUCAAACAAGCAACAGUGGUUGGUUAUCAAAGAGUGAGAGAGAAAAAGUCCAGAAACGUGAAGAAGAAUUGCGAGAUAAAAAGCACGAGUCACGUUUGACGAGAAAAGUCGUUUUGGACUUUGCUGGGCGAGAAAUUGUCGAAGAUUUGCAAGAGUUCGAUCACGUUUUGAACGCCGAAUUGCGUGAAUCUGCGGAUUCCAUGAUCGCCAGAAUUCAUGAUGAUGCGAAUGUUUGUCCUACGGUUGAAUUUGAUCGACCUACGUACGUGCCUUUGAAUCUGUUCCAUUUGAAUGAUAAUCCUGGCUCGAGAAAUCUCAGUCAAAAAAAUAUUCAUAGUCGGAUUCAGGACAAAGAAUAUUUGGAAAUGAUGGACGAAGGUCUGUGCCUGAGCAUGCAUCAACCAUAUGCAUCUCUCCUGGUUGCAGGAAUAAAAACGCACGAGGGAAGAACAUGGUACUCUUCGCAUCGUGGACGACUUUGGAUUGCUGCAGCUUCCAAAAUUCCUUCCACCGAAGAUAUUUCUGUUCUUGAGAAUCGUUAUAGAGUCUUAAUUAAUGAGAACCUCAAAUUUCCGAGCAAUUAUCCGACAUCCUGCUUGCUCGGCUGCGUAACCGUGACCGAUGUUUUACCUCAAGAAGAGUAUCGUCGCGUGUACCCAGAAGGUGAAAGUGACAGUCCUUUUGUAUUAAUUUGCCAGGAUUGUUACGAACUACCGCUUAAAUUCCCGAUCCAAGGAAAACACAAAAUAUACAAACUGGACAAGAAAAUUCAUCAGGCUGCCAUGAAGUCCCUGGAGCAUUCGCUGAAAGUUCGGGCAAAGUAAUUGGCAGAUUUUAUUGGAUUAUGGACAAAAAAUUUGUGAUCCAGUUUAUAUGUAUUUAUAAUAUAUAUUGAAGCAAGUUUUUCCUUAAAAUUUGCUCUAUAAAAUGUUGUAUAAAUUCGUAUAUGCAUACGUCUUUCAUACAUAAUACGUAUAUAUGUCUUUCAGACCAAACUUGAUUAAGAUUUGGUCUUGGUUGAGUUUGGUUGUCUUCUAAUAAAGAUUUCUCCGAAAGAAA